CAUUCUCCAAUUCUCGACUGCAGCACGUUGCUUAUAUUUUUGACCGGUACCGGUAUCACACACACAUACUUAGCUAAAUACUUAUAAACAUUUAACAUAUGCGUAUUACUCGCUUGUAUUAUUUUGAUAUCGAACAAUAAGAUUUCGCAGUUUUGCAGCGCAAUAAUAACAAAUAAAAAGAGCUUCGUAAACACGCUGCUAUUAAGUAGCGUAGACAGUACAUCGCAUCACAUGCGUCGUCGCCGUCGUCGCUGCUUUCGGCCACAUUCUGCAUAAAUUUGCGAGUGUGCGUGUGUCUGUGUGUGUGGGUGCUUUGUGCUACGUGUUAGUGUACGUGUGUGUGUGUGCUCGAGUGAUUGACCCAUUUUGCUGCUAAAAUUCUCAACGCAUACAAACAGACAAACGACGAAUUUUGGCAUUGCUCAUUGGCUAAAAUGAGCAGCAUCACGUUUUUGUGCAGCAAAACGAACAACAACAACAAUAAUAAUAAUAUCAACGAUGUCUCAUCGACAAAGGGAAAAGGAAUCGCAGCAUCUUCAGUAUUUCCAACAGCCGCCUUACUAACAACUACAACAACGCUACAGCAACAACAACCACAGCAGCAGCAGCAAGAGCAAGCACAACAGCAACAACAACAAGCACGUCUAGGGCAAUUGCACGGCAAUUUGAAGAAGUUGAACGCUACAACAGCAACAGCAAAAAGCAACUGUCACUCUCACAUCGAUGAUCGCUCCGAUGUCACCGAACCGUUGUACGUGGAUCCAUUCGUGGAGCUGAGCAGCGGCGGAGGCGGCGCUGGCAGCGAAUUAAAUUGCUGCCCCGCCUCGCCGACAACGGUGCCAGCCAAAUCGUCGCUGGAGUCGCCGAUGCGUCGGUCGGGCCGACGACAACGUACCACAUCCAUUGGCAACCAGACGACUACUGCCAAUCCGUCCGAAUGCAUCAUACGGUCAAACAAUCGCACCAUUUACACGGCCGGACGUCCGCCAUGGUACAAUUGUGCCGGACAACAGGUGGAACCCUUUGUCAUAGGCAUCUGCGGUGGCAGCGCAUCUGGCAAGACGACCGUGGCUGAAAAGAUCAUAGAGAGCCUUGAUGUGCCUUGGGUGACUCUGCUAUCCAUGGACUGCUUCUACAAGAUUCUGAAUGAGAAGCAACAUGAGCAGGCAAUCAUCAAUGAAUACAACUUUGAUCAUCCGGAUGCAUUUGACAUUGAUUUGCUAAUCGAUGUGCUGACCAAGCUCAAGGAGGGUCGCAAAGUCGAAGUUCCAGUAUACAAUUUUGUGACACACGGUCGCGAGAGCCAGACGAAAACCAUGUACGGAGCUAAUGUCAUCAUAUUUGAAGGCAUUCUUACCUUUCACAGUCCGGAGGUGCUGAAGCUGCUGGACAUGAAAAUCUUUGUAGACACAGAUCCCGACAUUCGUCUGGCCCGACGACUUAAACGUGAUAUCUCACAACGUGGACGCGACUUGAAAGGCGUGCUGAAGCAAUACCUAAACAUGGUGAAGCCUUCUUAUGCAAAUUACAUAGCGCCAACGAUGGCGCAUGCAGACAUCAUCGUGCCACGCGGCGGCGAGAACAAGGUGGCCAUAGCACUCAUAGUGCAGCACGUGCACACACAGCUCCAGCUGCGCGGCUUCAAGUUACGCGAGACGUUGGCCAAUUCGUACAAGGAUCAACCGAUGCCAGAUUCGUUGCAUUUACUGCAUCCCACACCGCAGAUCAAAGGAUUGCACACAUUCAUUCGCUGCAAGAACACAUCGCGCGAUGAGUUCAUCUUCUAUUCAAAGCGUCUCAUCCGUUUGGUCAUUGAGUAUGCGCUCAGUUUGUUCCCCUUUAAGACGACAUGUGUGGAGACCCCUCAAGGAGUGCUUUAUGAGGGCAAACGCAUGGAAUCACGUAAGAUUUGCGGUGUAUCCAUCUUGCGUGCCGGCGAGACCAUGGAGCAGGCAGUGUGUGAUGUGUGCAAGGAUAUACGCAUUGGCAAAAUACUGAUACAAACAAAUCUGAAGACUGGCGAGCCGGAGCUCUACUAUUUGAGGCUGCCCAAAGACAUAAAAGACUACAAAGUGAUACUGAUGGAUGCCACGGUGGCAACGGGCGCCGCUGCCAUGAUGGCCAUACGUGUGCUGCUCGAUCACGAUGUGCCCGAGGAGAACAUCAUUCUUGCCUCGCUUCUGAUGGCCGAAAUCGGUGUCCAUUCGAUUGCCUACGCCUUUCCCAAGGUUAAAAUCGUUACUUCCGCGCUGGAUCCGGAAAUCAAUAGCAAGUUCUAUGUUAUACCCGGCAUUGGCAACUUUGGCGAUCGCUACUUUGGCACUGAGCCCUCGGACGAAUAUUAAGUCCAAGCAACCAAGUUUCUUAAGUAAUAUUCCUAGGCUUAAAAUGAAAUCGUUACUUAAAUUAUCAAUUCAGAAGAA